AUGGAAGUGACGGCGGAAGCGGUGGCGGAGAUGGGACUGAAGCAGCGGGCGUACGCGCGGGUGGGGCUCCUCGGCAACCCCAGCGACGUGUACAGCGGCAGGGCGCUGUCCUUCACCAUCGCCGACUUCUCCGCCACCGUCCGCCCUUCGCCCGAGCUGCUCAUCCAGCCGCACCCGCACCACGAUCUCGUCGCCUUCCCCUCCCUCCCUCAACUCGUGAGUCGUUUGCAAAGUGAAGGAUAUUAUGGUGGCGUUCGGCUGCUGAUGGCUAUCUGUAAAGUUUUCUACAAUCACUGUAUUCAAAAUAAUAUCAGUUUAAAAGCUGAAAAUUUCACCUUGUCAUAUGAUACUAAUAUUCCUCGGCAGGCUGGGCUGUCGGGUUCGAGCGCGAUUGUUUGUGCUGCUCUAAGCUGCCUUCUUGACUUCUAUGAUGCCAGGCAUCUAAUAAAAGUUGAAAUGAGACCUAAUCUAAUUCUCAAUGCUGAGAAAGAGGUUGGAAUUGUUGCUGGACUCCAGGACCGAGUGGCACAGGUUUAUGGGGGACUGGUUUAUAUGGAUUUUAGCCAGGAGCAUAUGGACAAGCUGGGUCAUGGUAUAUACAUGCCACUGGAUGUUAAUCUGCUUCCUUCUCUAUACCUCAUCUAUGCAGAGAACCCCAGUGACUCUGGCAAGGGAAAUGUUGGGGAUGGUGUACUUGGUUCGGUGAACAUAAAGAUGGUGGAGGCGGCAUCCAAGUUCACUGGCAGCGGAGGUGCAGUGGUUGCGCUGUGCCCAGAUGGGGAUUCGCAGGUGGAGCUUCUCCGCAAGGCAUGCCAGGAGGCCGGCUUUGUAGUACAGCAAGUGAAAGUUGCUCCCUCGGUGCUGACGGAUGCGGAGCUGUCAAGUUUAUUAGCUUCCUAG